CGUAGCUUGCCUGCCCACUGUCUUGGUGUGCGAUGAGCUGGUGCAUGCUGCUGGGAGAGCUCAGGAGCCAGUGCAGCUCUGCCUGAUACAGAGCCUGCCAUGCUGCAGUGGGGCAACUUGUGGUGCCUGCAGGUAGGGAGACCCUGUGAGCCAGCCAACAGCUAUAGGGGGAAGCAGCAUCCUGCUGACACAGCCUUGGUGCCAUGGAGGGCUCAUGAGCAGCACACAUGGGUCGAGCCUGCACUGAUGCCAAAUGACCUGGGCUGAAUGCCAAUUCAGUAUGAAAUAGAGAUGUGCUUCCCUGAUGACUUUAUUCCACUGCAUUCAUCUGUAAUCUAUUUAAUCUGCUUACAGAGCCAUUAUAGCAUUUUCAAUUACCAACUUGAUCAUUUGGAAAAGGGUCAUAAACACUGGACAUUCGUCAUGCAGGGAAAAACAUGAAAACAGCAUGAAGUUCCACAGAAGUUAGCAGGGAAUUGUUUUUACCUUCCUUAUAUAAACUGGGAGUGCUUCUCAAUGCUUUUUGUGAUGUGCUUGGAAAUGCUUCUUUUCUCCAUUUUCUAGGAGUGGGCAUCAGUGCUGGAGGAAAGGCUUGUAGCAGGAUGUUAGCAGAGUGGACCACUGUGUUCUGUCCUCAGUGGCUGCACAGUUGAUGGGUGUGUGACCUCUGCAGCCACAUCCUUUUAGAUCUGCUACCUCUGCACUUAAUUGCUUUGCAAGGACAUAUGGUCCAUCUCACAGCUUUCAAGAUAGACUAAAAAACAUGCCUUGCAUGUCUGUCUGCACGGUGAAUUGCUGGGAGCAAGCUAUAGCUUAAAUAGAUGCUCUUUAUCAUGUUUAUUUGUAGGUUCCCUGGUCCCUCUCAAACUCUGGAGUGCUGUGACUGCAUUACCAUGUGCAGUCACAGGGUGAGUGACAUUUUUGACCUCACAGUGUUUAUGUCUGGAGAGAGCCUCAUCUUCACAUUGCAUGCUCUGCUGUGAUCCCUGCGUGUUAGCAUAAACUUCCCUGCAAAGUAGUGGGAGGCUGCAAAAGCUGUUUUAUUUUCUGGGAUGACCUGGUGUAUUGCUUCCAUGUUCUCUGUUGUUUUCUCUUGCAGAAACGUGAAUAGCUGCUUUCCAAGAAACCAUCGGAGAGGUUCUGUUCAGAUUUUUUGCCUUCGGAUGCUUUUGUGGCAUUUUGCCGUAUCUCAGCAGUGGGACCAAUUCUGGGCUUCUCUCCUUUUCCUUCUAUUUCCCUUAAAAAAGAAGAUGAUGAUUUGCAAAUGUAUACGUAUUGACAAUUCAUUUCCAAGUGGAACUGAUCCAGCAGCCAUCUGAAAAGACUGUCAAGUCGCAUAUCUGAAGGGAAAGACAAGCAUCUCUCUUAGAUACCUGGCUCCAUUACCUGGCUCGUUUGCCUUGUUUUUCUAUAAAGCUGCAUGCGAUAAGUAACUGUGGAGCAGAGGGAUGCAGCCGUGGACUAAGCCAGGCUGGCCCAUUUAUGGAGCCAAGACAUGUGUGCUGCUAUUUUAACAGGCUUCUAGAAGCCUAACAGUUGUCAGUGUAUUUACAAGCCUUAAGGCAAAUCAAAAAUCCUUGUGCAAUGCAGUUAUCUGUUCUAAAGGAAAUGAGAGAUGCCAGCUCAUCCUGCUAAACAGAAGUGAUGCAUUGACACAGCGGUGAGACUUGAAUUUGCAACACUUACCCACCGCAAAGUGCCUGGGUAACAAUCUCAGACACAGUUUCAUGGAUUUUUUUCUACUUUAGGAUAGAAAACACAACAACCCACUACUGCAUUUUCCUUGUGCCUGGAACUUGGACUUGUGCUGCUCUCUUGCUAGCUGGCUGCAGUGGCUGUUGCAUAGAUGGAUGCGACAUUCCUCACAUAGUAUGCCGUAAGUGCAAACUUGGGAUUUCAUGCUUUCUGCUUGUCUUGAAAACAGAGGGUGCCAUGUUACUGGCAGGCAACAUCCUGCCUACAGUUGCAUGGUUCAAGUUGAUACCAUCUGCCCAACCCAGCCUUGCCCAGAAUGGAGCUAAACAGUUAAGUAAGUUUAUAGUGGCAAUAAAGAACGACUCUUCAAGAUGAGUUUGAAAACAAACAGUUUCAGCAGUUAGCUGUAGUGACCUUGCAUUUGGAGCAGUGCAGCCUCGCUGGGCUCAAGGUCACAUGAAGUUCUGUUGUGGGUUUCUUUUUUAAGCUGUUUUAUGUAUAUUUUCUAGAUCAAAGGUGAAGUGUUUGCGAUUCCUGCCCUUGCCUCACCUCAUGCAGUAGAAGUGGUUUCAGAGAUGUACAUAGUGCUCAGUGUCACUGUGUUCUUACACCCCUUCUGCCAGGAUGGAGAACAUAAAAUGACCUCAGAGCCACAGCCUGAACUUCCAUCACAGAGAGGACUGUGCAGAAGCUGCCCUAGCAUAAAGGUUUGCUGUUUUGAAGAGUUCAGUGCUGAGAACCUCCGCAGAACAGAAAUGCACGGGGAAGCCAGCUGGGACAAGGAGCUUGAGAAUGUAAUUGCAGUGAAACUCUCCUGGUGCAAUGGAGGACACAUCGAGACAGAAGUCAGGACAGAGCAAAGACACCCUGUGCUCCCCAGUGCCAGAAGAGCCUCCUGCAAACUUUAUACAUGUCAAACUGGAGGAGUAUGAGCCUGCAGACUUCAGCACCAAGGAACUCAUCCUAAAGAAUGCCAGAGAGGUCUGCACAUGCAAUCAUCAAACCAUCAUCACCUUUUUCUGUCACCUGUUCCCAGUGCUGGACUGGCUUCCCCGUUACAAUGUCAAGACCCAGUUGCUUGGGGAUGUCAUAUCUGGGCUCCUGGUGGGGAUAGUCGCCAUCCCUCAGUCCAUCUCCUACUCCCUCUUAGCCAACCAGGAUCCCAUCUACGGAAUCUACACCAACUUCUUCUGCAACAUCAUCUAUGUUGUUAUGGCCACUUCGCGCCAUAACUCUGUGGGCUCCUUCGGCGUCCUGUGCCUGAUGAUCGGGCAGUCUGUGACCCGGCACCUCCAGCUAGCAGGGUACAGUGACGACAGCACUGGCUCUUUGCUGCUGAGCAACUCCACCUCCUUCAGUAACGGGACGAGUGCCUGUGACAGGAGCUGCUACGCCAUCACUGUGGCCCUUUCUUUGAGCUUUCUGGUUGGUCUGUACCAGAUCCUGCUGGGGGUUUUACAGCUGGGCUUUGUGGCUGUCUACCUAUCAGAACCUCUCCUCAGUGGCUUUGUGACCGGCUCCAGCCUCACCAUUAUCACCUCUCAGAUGAAGUAUCUCCUGGGACUGAAAAUCCCUCGUCAUGAAGGGGUAGGGUCCUUCAUCCUCACAUGGGUUGACCUUUUCAGAUACAUCCAGAACACCAACAUCUGUGACCUGGUUACCAGCCUGGUUGCUUUGGCCAUCAUAGUGCCUGUCAAAGAGAUCAAUGACCGGUAUAAGGAGAAGAUGAAGGCUCCGUUCCCCAUAGAGCUGCUGGUGGUCAUUGUCGCCACAGUAAUAUCUUACUACUUUAACUUUGAAGAGCGAUACAAGUCUGAUGUCUGUGGGGAUAUCCCCACUGGUUUCAGGAAACCCACUCUCCCAGAUAUAAACCUGUUUUCCAGCCUGGCAGUUGAUGCUGUGCCCAUUGCUAUCAUUGGCUUUGCCAUGACUGUCUCCCUGGCAGAAAUCUUUGGCAAAAAGUACGGCUACCCUGUCCGUGCCAACCAAGAGAUGAUUGCCAUUGGCAUGUGCAACCUCAUCCCUUCUUUCUUCUACUGCUUUGCCAGCUCUGCAGCCCUGACCAAGACUUUGCUGAAGGAGUCCACGGGGACACACACCCAGGUCUCUGGCCUGGUGACCUCCCUGGUGCUGCUGCUGGUGCUGCUGUGGAUUGCCCCGCUCUUCUAUUCACUGCAGACCUCCAUCCUGGGGGUGGUCACCAUUGUCAACCUGCGGGGGGGCCUGAGCAAGUUCUGUGACAUCCCCCGCAUGUGGCAGCUCAGCAAGCUGGACACGGUGGUGUGGUGGACAACCAUGCUGUGCUCCACGCUGGUCACCACAGAGAUUGGGCUCCUCGUGGGUGUCUGCUUCGCUCUGCUCUGUGUCAUCUUCCGCACGCAGAGACCCCGGGCCACGCUGCUGGGCAAGGUCAGCAGCACGGAAAUCUAUGAGGACCAGUCCACGUACAAGCAGCUCAGCAGCAUUGCCAACAUCAAAAUCUUCCGCUUUGAGUCAUCUCUCUACUAUGCCAACAAGGACUAUUUCAAGACUGUUCUCUACCAGAAAACAGGGGUAAAUCCUGGCCUGCUGGCUGCUAAGCACCAAAAGGUGGAGGCCCAGGCAAAUGCAGACACAGGCAACAGAAAGAGCUUUUUCAGCAGCAGGUUUGUCUGCCUGAAACAAGCCAAGAAAAGGUCUGGGAAGCCUCCAGAGGAUGCGUGUCCUCCCUCCAUAGACAUGCACACCCUCAUCCUUGACUGUGGGGCGAUGCAGUUCAUAGACACUGUGGGUCUCUCAGUGCUAAAGGAGACACGUCAUGACUAUAAGGAGGUUGGUGUUCAGGUUCUCCUGGCCAACUGCAACCCUUCCCUCCGCCACCGGCUCCGGGAGGGAGGCUGGGCUGGCGAGGCAGACAGUGGUGGGCAGCUGGCUUUCCACAGCAUCCACGAUGCCGUGCGGUUUGCUGAACGUUGGUACCGUGCCCAGCAGGAGGAGAGCAAGGACAUGGAUGCUCUCCAGGAUGCUGAAGACCUGAACUUCCAGGUGUCUUUAUAA